AUGAUGCAAGCCAAGAAGAUCAAGUACGACGUCAUCGGACUGACCAAGAUGAGACGACGUCACCCUUUCAAUGCCGUAUAUGAAACUGGAGAAGAACUGUUCUUAGGAACAUGCGACAGUAGAGGUGUUGGUGGAGUUGGCGUCCUCGUCAACACGAGAACGGCAAAGAACAUCGACUCUUUCGAACAACUUACGACCCGAAUCGGACGUCUGCGGAUGAGAAGAUGUGGUCCAACACCAGCUUUGACUAUCUUCGUCGCUUACGCUCCAACAUCGAGCUAUGAAGAAGAAGAAGUCGAAGCUUUCUAUAUAGACCUAGAGAAGUUCUACCGAGAAGAUCAUGCCUUCUACAAGGUCAUAAUUGGCGAUUUCAACGCCAAAGUUAGCCCAAGAAGAACGCCGGAGGAACUUCACAUCAGGACCCACGGCCUACAAUGGAAUGACCAGGGGGAGAGGCUCUCCGAGUUCAUCAUGACGACUAAGACCAUCCAUGGGAACUCGCAAUUCCAGAAACCCUCCUCUCUACGCUGGACGUGGGAGUCACCCGGUGGAGGGUACCGUAAUGAAAUAGACCACAUCAUUGUCAAUAAAUGGUUCUGCCUGACGGACAUCGCUGUUGUACCAAAGUUCAAUACGGGAUCGGACCAUCGCCGCCUUCGAGGAAGAUUUUCCUUCACAAGGAGAGCAGAGAAAGCCGCCAAGUUUAGAGGGAGAAAUCCCAGGACUACCAUCAACUGGGAUCUCUUCGCUACGCUAGCCGGCUUUUGGGAAGAUUCCGCAAUGGACAACAUCGACGAGGAAUAUGACCGGCUCGUUGAACACCUUCACGACUGUGCGAAGAAGGCUGAGAGUUUUAAAACGACCAAGAGACGCCUGUCUCUUCAAACUCUUGAGCUGAUACGCCAGCGUGGAACAGCACGAGCCGCAGGGAACCAAGAACUCACGUCCGAGCUCGCAAGGCUUUGCAGAGAGGCAAUAAAGGAAGACCUUAAAGAGAGAAGAGCAGAAGUGCUGGCUGAAGCUGCAGAGGCGGGGAAAAGCAUUCGCUAUGCCCGUCGAGACUUCGCCAGUCGCAAGACGAGGAUGACGGCUCUCUCGAACCCAAAGAGAACAGCCAUUGCAUCGAGAAGGGGGAUGGAGAAAAUCAUCUACGACUUCUACUCUGAUCUCUUCGACAACCAUGUCCACUUGCCUCCUCACCAUCUGAGGGAAGAUGGACAAGUCAUUUCAAAGGUUCUCCCGUCCGAAAUACGACAUGCUAUCAUGUCGGUAAGAAAUCGUACGGCACCCGGUCCCGACAGAAUAAGACCAGAACACCUGAAGAGCCUUCCGCCAGUACUCAUCAACACCCUGGCGAGGCUCUUUACACGUUAUCUGUCGGAAUGCAAGGUUCCUAAACAGUGGAAGACCAGCAAGACCGUGUUGUUGUAUAAAAAGGGAGAUCCACAUGACAUCGACAACCAUCGUCCAAUCUGCCUACUGUCCGUCAUCUACAAGCUCUUUACAAGAGUAAUCCUUAAUAGGAUUGAAAAAGUCUUGGAUGAAGGACAGCCAUGCGAGCAAGCAGGGUUUCGAAAAGGAUUCAGCACGAUUGACCACAUUCACACUGUUUCGAAACUCAUCGAGGUAUCACGAGAGUACAAGAUGCCGCUCUGUCUCACCUUCAUCGACUUAAAGAAGGCUUUCGACUCGGUUGAGACGGAAGCGGUCGUGGAAGCCUUGGACAACCAAGGCGUCCCUACUCAGUAUAUAAAGGACGACAUGGGAGUGAAGGUUGAUGGUCGGCAGCUACACCAUUUGCGCUUUGCUGAUUACAUCGUACUGAUAACACCUAGCAUCAGCCAAGCGGAACGAAUGCUGACCGAAUUCGACGAAGCAUGUGGAUGCAUCGGUCUUCAGCUGAAUCUACAAAAGACGAUGUUCAUGCGGAACGGAUAG